AUGCGCUCGGCCUGCAGCCGCUGGCUCUGGUGGCAGGCUUUGCUUCUGCCGGCGCGAUUCAGCCGAUGCCAGCCGCAAGCGACCGACUUCAUCCAGGAGGUCUACCUGGUACAGAGUAUUGGGCUGUCGGUUCCGUUGUUCUGGCGUGUCGAACGUGCCGACUAUUCCCUGGCGAUGCCGCGAGACAGCCAGAUGGUUGCCGUGCGUGUGGAUCUGGUACCCUCAUCCACGGCGGAGGAAGUCGCCCUGCUAGCUGCGGCCGACCCGCUGGCUGUACGAGUCCCAUCUCGGGGGCUCAGGUUCACAUUGCGUCCCGGCGUGACCUCUGCCUACGUGUCUGCUGAGAUCGGGGAGCCCCUGGACAUGAGGCUAGAGCUGCUUGGCAGCGAGUAUGGGGUCCGCGUGCUGCGCUCGAAGAUCGCCUCGUCUGGCGAGGGCCUCUGGCCGGACCCGGCGCGACUCUACCCGCCACAAGGUACUUUGGCAGGUCUGAACUUGUGGGACAGCAUGGGGCUCGCUGCAAACAUGGCCUGGUUCGCUCCCCGCGUGUCGCUGUACUUCGCGUCCAUCCGAGAAAAUGCACAUGGAGUGAGGUUAGCAGCCACACCCAAUGACCCAGAUGCCGAACUGGAGUGGCGGAUGAAUGGUGGCAAAUGGGAUUUCUUGGUGUCCGGGCUCACUUCCUCUCCGGCAGAGGUGGCUGCAUUGGGCUGGACGCUUCUUGAGGUUCGCGUGUCUUCAUCCUCCUUGCCAGGGUCGCUGACGCCUUUGGUCUACCAGGUGGUGCUGGCACGUGGCGCCCGAGUGUGCCAUCCAAGCUGUGCGCGGUGCACGGGGCCCUCUCUGGAGGACUGCGAGGCCUGCGUGCCACCCCUGAUCCUCAUCGGUGGCAAGUGCCUCUAUACUGCUUGCCCUUCCUCGUCGCUGUACUUCAACGCAAGCACGGAACGCUGCGAGCCUUGUGAUUCGAGCUGCCGCGAAUGUGCGGACGGCACUCCUUGGGGUUGCGUUUCUUGCCCGCCCUCGCGCUACCUCCGACCUAGCUCGGAGAUCGCCGUCCUGGGAUCCUGCGAGCAGUCUUGCCUCUACGGCUUCUUCGUGCAGCCCACCAGCCAGCGGUGCCAGGUGGCUCCAGCGAGCGCAGAAGUGGAACGAUUCUAUUUGAGGCUCACCCUCAGGGUGUCUGUGGAAGACUUCUUGGACAGUGCCGACACGUUGAAGGAGGUCCUGUUCAAGUCAGCAGAGACGCUGGCCGUGUCGCCGCAGGAUGUCCGAUUUCACAAGUGGGAGUCCGCAAAAGCGGGCCUUGCCGUGUUCUUUUUCCUCGAGGUGGAGAAUCCUUUCGUUCAACAUGACGAGCCUGAAGAGUGGCUCAGCAUCGAUGAUUGGUUUGCUUCACUUCCUGUGCCUGUGGAUGAGAUUCGCAUCAUGACCCAGUCCCAGCUCUACCCUCCCGGCCCGCAGCCGCCUCCCGCACCAUUCCUGGACCCUUGGCUGUGGGGUGCUAUCGGCGCAGGUUCUGCCUCCUUGCUGCUCCUGUACCCGCUGUACACGUUCUACUUUGUGAGGAAGUACAAGGGCCAAAUGCCCUACUACCCCGGAGACGGACAGGAGCAGUUUGUGGACUACGUCCUUGAAAAGACUGAUCCUGCUGUGAUGUCGGCCAUGGUGAACACUGCCGGGAAUCUGAAGGCGGCCACGACCGAAGAAUGA